AUGGGUAGUAAUCAAAGCGCAGAAAUACCUGGAGGUGGAACGGAAGGAUAUCACGUUUUAAGGGUUCAAGAGGGCUCUCCUGGUCAUAAAGCUGGAUUAGAAGCAUUUUUCGAUUUUAUCAUUACUAUAGGUACCACUCGAUUGGACCAAGAUAAUGAUACUUUAAAAGAACUUUUAAAAGCAGGCGUUGGUCAGGAAUUAAAAAUGACAGUUUAUAGUAGUAAGACUCAAAAUGUUAGGACAGUUUCUAUUACACCAAGUUCUUCUUGGGGAGGCCAAGGAUUGUUAGGCGUUAGUAUAAGAUUUUGCUCAUUUGAAGGAGCCAAUGAAAACGUUUGGCAUGUUUUGGAAGUGCAUCCAUCUUCUCCUGCUGAAGCUGCUGGGUUAAAGCCAUUCGAGGACUAUAUAAUUGGUGCUGAUUCUAUUUUACAUGAAUCGGAAGAUUUAUUCAGUUUGAUUGAAGCCUAUGAAAAUAGAGCUCUAAAACUUUACGUCUACAAUACAGGAAAUGAUACAUGUAGGGAAGUUACAAUAACACCUAUGUCUAAUUGGGGAGGAGAAGGAAGUUUGGGCUGUGGAAUAGGAUAUGGAUACCUUCAUAGAAUUCCAGUAAGAACUAUUCCGUCGCUUAAUAUGCCUUCAGAUACUUCUAUCCCCAGCAAAACUGAAAGUAGUUUUAAUGAGUCAAAUCUGCAGGCUUCAAAACCUGUAUCUUCUCAGGCUACUACAACUUUAUCUCAAAAUAUUCCACAACAGACAUUAUCAAAUUUGACAAAUGUACCAACUCCAAACUCUGAAUUUUUAAGUUCUCCACCAGUAUCUGAUUUUCUUAAAACUUCUCCCCCAGUAUCAGAAUACCUUAAAUCACCUCCUGUAUCAGAAUUCCUUCCUCCACCUCCUGUUUCCACAUAUAUUUCAACCUUUAACUCUUCUGUGCCUCAAUAUUCAGGUCCAGUGUUUGUUUCAACACCAUUACCAGUACCAAAAACUACACCCCCGAUUAAUCCAUAUAUAAACACUGCUUCUCAUACUUCAACUCAUCCUUCCUACAACUGGAUGCAAACCCCACACCCUGCAACAUUGGGAGGAGCUACUACAAUUCAGACUAAUAAUUUUGCUUCAAGUGGUAAUUCUGCCAGUACAGUACCUGGUGGAGUAAUCCCUGCAGUUACAUCUAGAAUGCCUUUUGCUACUCCUGUUAAUACACCAGGGUUUAUGCCUACCACAACAAAUGCUUCUGUGCCUUUCAGCACAUUAGGAUAUCCAAACCAAGGAGAUCCUUCUAAUUAUCCGAUGGGAGUUCACGUUACUCAAUAA